GUGGCGGAGGAGGGAGAUGGGAUCAUCCUGCCUUCCAUUAUCGCACCGUCUUCUACUGCUGAGAAAGUGGACUUCAGCAGCUCCUCAGACUCCGAGUCAGAGGCCGAUCGUCCCUGUCAGGGCUCCGGGUCGGGGUCACCAGACAGGCUCACCCUCCCACUCGCUGGUAUCAUGCAGAAAGAUGCAGCCAAGGCGCUGCCGGGUGUGACGGAGCUUUUCCCAGAGUUUAGACCUGGACGGGUGCUGAGGUUCCUGCGUCUGUUCGGACCUGGGAAGAGCAUGCCGUCUGUGUGGAGAAGCGCUCGCAGGAAGAAGAAGCGGAAACACCGGGACCCUUUACCUGGAACACCUCCUCCAGAGGGAGAGGCCACGGAGCAGGCUGAGGAGAAGAAGUCUGGGUGGAUUUACGAAUACGCUGCUGCUCCUCCUCCAGAGCAGUGUCUCUCUGAUGACGAGGUAAACCUUACAAGACACCUGUCCACAGGGCGUCCU